CUUUCAUCCGCAUUUGCAGUGAGGCUGCCCACACCCUCCAGCUUAUCCUGGCCUGUCGAUCUCGGCUCUCGUUCUCUUCAAGUGAGAAUCCGUCACCGGAGACCGCCAGCGCAAUAAGCUUUCCGCCAAGCCUCAGGCACGUUUCAAGCCGGCGGUCGGGACUUUGGCGCGGCUGCCCGUAACAUCCCUUUCACCGGCAGAUCACAAAAUUCCAGGAUCAAGGCCAUAUAUCAACCGCUACGACCAGGGACCAGGAGCCUGAAAUCCCCCCGCACCCGCUCCGCCACCGCAACCCGCUGUACCCUAAGGAAGACUUCACCAUGGGCAGGCCCUCCAGGAGCUGCCACAUGUGCCGGACCCGGCGUAUCAAGUGCGAUCGAACCAAGCCGAUAUGCAACCAGUGCGUUACGAAAAGACUCCAAUGCCCGGGGUAUGAGCUCCAGUUUGACGUCAUCCACCGCAGCGAGAACGAAGCCGUCAAAUGUCGAGCGCAGAAGAUCAGCACCCCGAGACGCAGCAGCGGCAAGAACAUAUCCGAACCCUCACCGGCAUCGGCCUCUCCCGGCAACCAUAAUUUGCCGCCCCUAGCCCCGGCGGGAACUUUGUCUGGCGGUCAGGCGGUCAACGGUUACACGGAUCUGCAAGGGACUCCAGACGAGUCGCGUCUACACUACCGGAAUAUCGAGAUAUACCUCUCUUGUUUUCGGAAAUAUAUCCCGCCGUUAUGCCCCCUGCUCAGGCCCGACGAGCUUACUUCCAGCAACAUUGUGUCACUCCGAGAAAGUGACCAGCCCGCUCAGAAGGCGGUCGCUCUCGCUGUAUUGGCCUUGGGGGAGUGGUGUUGGAACGCUGGAGACGCCCCAUGCACGGCAACGCGCGUUGACAGGACCAACGCACGCGAAGCUGCUAAUUUCUUAGAACACCAUACAAACCGGGAUCUGCAUCACAUCCGCGCCUGCCUUCUCAUCGCCUUCUACUGCGGGCUCUGCGGAGAUGUGUGCGGAAGCAAGCGCUAUGUUCACAAGGCCGCAGAGCUGUUGAAACAAGACCUCUCGCCGGAAUCACUACGUGGAACGAUCACUUCGGAGAAUUCGUUCCCAAUCGCUUUCUGGAUUUGUAUAGCAUUGGAGAGGUAUGGGACGCCUCUCGGCCGUACAAGCUCCUGCUAACACACGUAGCGAGAUUGGCCACCACCGUGAGAUCCGCAUUGAACAGUUAUGUCAGGGAAUUCUCAGGGAGAAUCUCCUCGACAUACCAUAUCCAUCAGCAGUCGAGCAUGACCUCGGUGGUCGUGCUGCCGCGAUCUUUCAAAGUUCCGUGUGGGUUUGCAAGGCCGAAAGCGCGGCGACCGCCUUUCUAAGCUCUAUGCGGGUUCAAAUUUCGGAACCCGAAGUGGUCGUGUUCCUGAGCAAAGUGGCAGAGAAACUCGAGCAGUUCUUUACGCCGCCACCUCCGAGUG